AUAACGGACGUGUGUUUUUAUUAAUACUUUUGAUAGCUAUUCUGUAAUAAUUAACAGACCAACCGUGUAUUUGUGUUUUGAUGAUGAUCGAUUUGAUUUUAAACCUCUCUUGUGGUAACCAUAGCAACCAGUUGAUGAUGUAACCAAAAGUAGGAUCCUAAUUUUGCGUUCCAGACAACUCGUAUUUCGGGUAUUCCCAACCUCAAUCCGGGAAUUAUACGUCUGGGUCGGAACAUAGUUGGGUAUUCGACCUUUGAACUCGGGGAAGAUCGAUCAAACCCGAGCUCAGCGAGACGCGUCAUUUGACGUCACGGACAAGAUGGCGGUUAGCCUUAGCAACCUUUUGUGAACCGUAACAAAACGUUAAACUAUUUUUACAACACGUAAUAUGUAUAAACAUUAACGUUUAAACAUCCAUAAACAUUUUAUGAACAAAUGCCCAAGUUUGAAUAAGUACCAUAAUGCGAACGGGGUCUCACAGUGACAUCAUGUGGUAAACAUGCGAAUGUGACGCGUGAUUGACUGGAACGCAUUGAGGUCGGAGGACUGGAGUGUAUGUGCUGUUGGUGUUCUGUGGUGAAUUCUUGGAAUCUACGUAGCCCUUUAUAUCUGCACUAUCCUUAGCAAAGAACGACCAAGAGUAACCAUGGCAACAGCAGCAUCCUCCGAGUCUGAAUACCAGAUACACACUACGACAAUGUGGAGAGUAAUUCCAUCGGUUGACACUGUCAGGACCACUGCAAAGGAUUAUGUGUGACUUCUCAGCUGGGAAUGGAUGAUACUUGCUAACAGCUGCCAUGUUUACAUGUAAUGGCAGCACAUUGGAUGGGUGUGGCCUCCUUGAACCGAUUGAAACUGAGAUUCAGGAUGCUGAGACCGCCCUUAUGCCCACCACUCUCAGGGUGGCACUGGCUGCCAUCAUGAUCUUCAUGAUCACCAUCGGUUUCCUCGGCAAUGCCAUUGUGUGUCUUAUCGUGUAUCAGAAACCGGCGAUGCGUUCAGCAAUUAAUCUUCUGCUGGCAACGCUGGCCUUCUCUGACAUCAUGUUGUCGCUGUUGUGCAUGCCGUUCACUGCCGUCACCCUGGCAACGACAGACUGGAGCUUCGGAGUGGGCUUCUGCCGUGUGUCGGUAAUGCUUUACUGGCUGUUUGUUCUAGAGGGCGUGUCUAUCCUGCUUAUCAUCAGCGUUGACCGUUUCCUCAUCAUCGUUCAGCGACAAGACAAGCUGACACCCCAUCGAGCAAAAGUUCUCAUAACCGCGUCAUGGGCUCUGUCGCUUUGCGUGUCCUUGCCAUCUGUGAUUGGCUGGAGGACUGCUGGGGUCGGGGCGCAAGUGCCGCAGUGCAUUCUGGGAUAUAGCGAAUCGCUGGCGGACCGGGGUUACACGGUGCUGCUCGCAGUUGCUGUGUUUUUUGUGCCCUUCAGCGUAAUGUUGUACUCAUACCUGUGUAUUCUAAACACAGUCCGUCGCAAUGCUCUGCGCAUCCACAACCAUACCAGCGAAGGCAGCGUCGCCAUCAACCACGUCAACAAACUGGGUUUAACAGGUCUGCAGCGCCCCCAAGUCAACAUUGAUAUGAGUUUCAAAACCAGAGCGUUUACCACCAUCCUCAUUCUUUUCAUCGGCUUCUCUGUGUGCUGGUUGCCACACACCGUGGUUAGCCUGCUGGCAGUGUUCAGUAAGCGGUUUUACCUCACCCCAGCUUUUUACCCCAUCAGCAUCGGAGCUCUGUGGCUGAGUUACCUAAAAGCCGUCUUUAACCCUGUGAUAUACUGCUGGAGAAUCCGAAAGUUUCGGGAGGCUUGUCUAGAGUUUAUACCCAAGAGCUGUCAGCUCUGUCCCAAGAUUCCUGGGAGAAGUCGCAGGCGUAUACGACCCAGCAACAUUUACGUGUGCAGCAGUGAGACCCAAUCUUCAGUGUAGGAUGCACACCAACGUAUAUUUAAACCAACAAUUUAAGAUUCUUUGAGUGUGGUACUAUAUCUGUGCAUUUUUUUUUUAACUUUUCUGCCUUGAGUUGAAGCCAAGUAGAUUAUAUUUCAAAUUAUUUCAAUUUACUAAUUUAAUUAUUGACCAAUGCUAAACUGAUAUAACUUUUAAAAAAGAGUUACAAUUGCUUAAUUUAUUUUGGCCCGGUUUCACAGACGAGAUUUAGCUUGAUCCAGGACUACGUUUUAUUUAAACUAGGAUUUUUAAGUCGCUUUUAUAAAAUGCCAUAGAUAAAAACAUUACUGGUGUGCAUCUUGAGAAAAAAAACAAUGGCAAUUACAUGUUUUAAGAUAUGUUUGGGAAAGUUAUUUUCAGUUUAGACAGUUCAAACUUUCAUUUUAGUCUGGGACUAGUUUUAAGCCUCGUCUGUGAAACUAGGCAUUAGAGUUUAAAUGAUGUAAAAAUGUUGAAAUGACAUGAAAACCAAGUUGAUAUUUAAAAAUUCAGACAAAGAAUUGAAAUAUGUCACUGGUGUGUUUGAAACUAUUUGAUGAUUAUAUGUUUGAAUGCAAGUCUUGACAAGCAACUCCAUGUGUCAUAAGAUGGCUGAUGCUGUUCCCAUCAUUACUGCAGACUAAGCUUUUUAAGCAAUAUACACUUAUGUUCCUAAACGGAGUAUUUUUUUUAAGUUAUGGAGUUUUGUAAAACAGUUAAAUUGCCAAAUAAAGUAACUCA